CCCCGCACCCUUUCCGAACGACAAGUGAGUUUCUAUUUAAACCCCAGUUGGUGUCUCUAGGGUUUCGCUCAAUUUUCUCUCUUGAACAACGUUCCUUCCUUGCAUUAUUGUCCUAUCGACUUCAAGCUUCCGUUUACCAUGUCUUUGAGGCCUAGCGCGAGGACCGAAGUCCGGCGGAGCCGGUACAAAGUGGCGGUGGACGCGGAGGAAGGAAGGAGGAGGAGAGAGGACAACAUGGUGGAGAUCAGAAAGAACCGUAGAGAAGAGAGCUUGCAGAAGAAGCGCCGCGAGGGGUUACAAGCGCAGGCUAUGCCUGCCUCAACUCACACCGCCUCUAUCGAGAAGAAGUUGGAACAUUUGCCAGCUAUGGUUGCUGGUGUUUGGUCAAAUGAUGGCAAUCUGCAGCUUGAGGCAACCACGCAUUUUAGGAAGCUACUCUCAAUUGAACGUAGCCCUCCCAUUGAAGAAGUUAUACAAGCUGGUGUUGUUCCUCACUUUGUUGAGUUUCUUAUGAGGGAGGAUUUUCCACAGCUUCAGUUUGAGGCUGCAUGGGCUCUUACAAAUAUUGCGUCUGGUACAUCUGACAACACUAAAGUUGUAAUUGAUCAUGGUGCUGUUCCAAUUUUUGUGAAACUUCUUGGUUCUCCUAGUGAUGAUGUUCGUGAGCAGGCUGUCUGGGCAUUGGGAAAUGUAGCUGGUGAUUCUCCUAGAUGCCGUGACCUUGUUCUGGGACAUGGAGCAUUGCUUCCUUUACUUGCACAAUUGAACGAGAAUGCGAAGCUCUCUAUGUUGAGAAAUGCUACCUGGACACUUUCAAAUUUUUGUCGGGGCAAGCCCCAGCCUGCAUUUGAUCAGGUUAAAACUGCACUUCCAGCUCUUGCACGUCUUAUUCAUUCCAACGAUGAAGAAGUCUUGACUGAUUCAAGCUGGGCACUCUCGUAUCUGUCUGAUGGUACUAAUGAUAAAAUCCAGGCUGUAAUUGAGGCAGGUGUUUGUCCACGGCUUGUGGAGCUUUUACUCCACCCAUCUCCUUCAGUGCUUAUUCCUGCUCUUCGCACAGUUGGAAAUAUAGUUACUGGGGAUGAUAUGCAAACUCAGUGUAUCAUAAGCAAUAAUGCACUGCCUUGGCUGCUGAACCUGUUGACCAAUAAUCAUAAAAAGAGUAUCAAGAAGGAAGCUUGUUGGACAAUCUCGAAUAUCACAGCUGGUAACAAGGAACAGAUUCAGGCUGUAAUUCAGGCUGAUAUAAUUGCACCACUUGUUCAUCUGCUUCAAACUGCUGAGUUUGAUAUCAAGAAAGAGUCUGCCUGGGCAAUAUCAAAUGCUACAUCUGGUGGAACUCAUGAACAAAUCAAGUUUCUUGUUGACAAAGGUUGCAUCAAGCCCUUGUGUGAUCUUCUGAUCUGCCCUGAUCCAAGGAUUAUUACAGUCUGUUUAGAGGGACUUGAAAACAUCUUGAAGGUUGGAGAAGCUGACAAGAACUUGGGCAACAGUGGAGGUGUGAAUCUCUAUGCUCAAAUGAUUGAAGAUUCUGAAGGGUUGGAAAAAAUUGAGCAGCUACAGUCUCAUGACAACACUGAGAUUUAUGAGAAGGCUGUGAAAAUUCUAGAGACAUAUUGGUUGGAGGAGGAAGAUGAGAUAAUGCCUCCAGGCGAGACGGGUCCGUCUGGGUUUAGCUUCGGGGGAAAUGAGAUUCCUGCAGUUCCUUCUGGUGGAUUCAGUUUCAGCUAAAGGAGUUGGGUAUCAGGUCAAGAAUCUUGUGCAUACUGUAGGCCAGUAUCGGGGUAUUAAGGUCAAGCAUCUUCUCCUCGAUAAGUACAGGUCCUGUUUUGUCCACUUGGCUUGGUUUUUCAACAUAGGCCAAACACAUAUGGUGCUGCAAGGCAGAUGGAUUUGGUUGGUGUUGUCAGGGUAUUCAUAUGCGGUCACAACAAAUUUAGGAGCCAAAGGUUAAGUGAGCUAUCGAUGGAGGUGCGCUAUCGCAAAACUCAACGGUCAAUUGCAUUUAGUGUACUGUACAAUCGGGUCUAAUGACAAGUUUUUUUUUAUUUUUAUUUUUUAAACUGUUGUGGCUGGGUGAUUUUGGCACUUCCUAGUAAUCCCUUGCCUAGGAAAAAUUGGUUCAUUCUUUUUGGUGUAUCUGUUUGCUUUUGCCCCUGUUC